GCGGUUGAGUCGUUGGAGACGGUUAGAGUGGAGGAGAGUUUGGUGCAGUGUAGUGUGUGUUUGGAUGAUUUCGAGGUUGGUGUGGAGGCGAAAGAGAUGACGUGUAAAUAUUUGCUUCCGACAGGGGAUGAUGAUGGUGAAGCGAAGACUGAUACGGAGACUUCGAGUAAUGUUUCUAUGGAGAAUAAUGGGACAUCGGUAGACUCGAGUUCGAACAAUCCAUCGAGGGGUCAGCGAAAGUACUACCUUCUGGGAGGUAAAGGAGGUGUCGGGAAAACAAGCUGUGCUGCUUCUCUCGCGGCUAAGUUUGCUACCCACGGUCACCCUACCAACGUGGUUUCAACAGAUCCUGCUCACUCCUUGAGUGACACUUUCUCCCAGGUAUUCAGAAUUGGCUCUCAAAUUUCUAUGCUCUGCAAAAUGUGUCGACCAAUGAUGUUAGGCGGUCGCUUGUUUGGAAGAUCAUCUCUUCAAUCUCUUGGUCUCCAAAGACAGAGGGAAGGAGUUGCUAAAAAUGUCCAACCACGAGAACAAAGGGAAGAAUUUGUACCUGUUGAGCGAGAUUCGCGAGUGCUUCAUCCAUCUAGAAAGAAUGGAGCUAAAUGGUUCAAGAACAACACUGAAAUAUCAACGCGUGUAAGGAAAAUCAUUGAAGGAUGUUUUAAAGGACCAUGGUACAGCUGGAGAAAAGUACCCUAG